AUGCGGAACUUUCUCAAAGCCGCCAGUGUUCUCAGUACUUUGGCUAGUACAGCUCUUGGUCAUGGAUAUGUCUCUGGCAUUGUAGCAAACGGUGUCUACACAAAAGGGUGGCAAGUAGGUUACUGGUAUGACAUCGUCAACAAGGUCCCGAUUCCCCAGACUCCGGGAUGGUACGAGGAGGCCCUUGAUAUUGGCUUUGUACCACCCACCGAGUAUCAAAACCCCAACAUCAUCUGUCAUAAGAAUGCAGUCAACGCCAAUGUCUCUGCUACGGUUGCUGCUGGUGGGACCGUACAGUUCCAAUGGACGACCUGGCCGCACAACAUCGGACCUGUGGUGACCUAUGUCGCCAAUUGUGGUGGGGACUGUAAGAGUGUUGCAAAGAGCACUCUCAAAUUUGUCAAGAUCGACGAGUCUGGAAUCAAUUUCUCUACACAAGUCUGGGCAACAGGUGUACUUAUGGCGAACAACAACACCUGGACUACCACGGUUCCUAAAUCACUUGCCCCAGGGCAUUAUGUUUUCCGCCACGAGAUUAUAGCACUCCAUGGUGGCAGUGCAUUGAAUGGAGCUCAGAACUACCCCUUCUGUGUCAACAUCGAUGUCACGGGGUCUGGCACACAGAAGCCUGCCGGAGUUCUGGCAACGUCCUUUUACAAGGCGACCGACCCAGGAAUCUACUUCAACCCCUACACGACCUUGACGAAUUACACUAUUCCCGGGCCUACCCUGUGGAAGGGAUAA